AUGGACAAGCUUGUAAACUGCCUCUACAGACGGCCAGAUGCCAUCACCAGAUUAAUAUGCUUCCCCUGGGCUGGAGGAGGCUCGCUGUUUAAUGCUAAGUGGGGGCGGCUGUUUGAUGACUCCGUGGAAGUGUACUCCCUCAGACUUCCCGGAAGAGAGUCUCGUUCCCGAGAGCCAUUUCCUCAAAGCUUCGACCAGUUGUUGGAUGAGAUUACAGAUGUGUUGUUGCCAUUGUUGUAUGAGAAGCGAUUUGCGUUUUUCGGCCACAGUUUUGGGUCAUUCAGCAGUUUUGCCACAGCGGUGAGACUGAAGGAGAAGCACGGACUGGAGCCCAUACAUCUCUUUGUGUCCGGAGCCUCUGCCCCUCACUCGCCUCUUCGUUACUCUUCUCAGAAGAGAUCAGAGCUCAGUGAUGAGGAGUUCUUGAAAUGGAUGGCUUCAACGCAGGGAACGCCAUCCGAGCUUCUGCAGAACAAGGAGGCCAUGCAGAUCUUCUUACCACCGCUGAAAGCAGAUCUGAAACUGGUGGAGAACUUUGUCUAUGAAAAGCCACCUACUCCUGUCCUGUCCUGUGGCCUUACGUGUUUUGAUGGAACUGAAGAUGUCCCUCAUGAUCUAACUGCUUGGAAAGAUUUGACAAGUGGAGAUUUCAACAUUCACAUGCUGCCCGGGGGGCAUUUCUACCUGAAGGAAUCUACAAAUGAGAAUUCCCUUGUACAAUACAUUUCCAGAUAUAUAGAAGCUUCUGAAAUUGACUAUUUUUAA